GACCCAUACUUGACUGACAUUCACAUUUAUCAAAUAAUGUAGUCCCUUCAAGACAGGACAAGGUCAGGGGUCAACGACCUUACAUUUCGUAUUCUUUUGGAGUGCCAAUACCAGUACAAAUGAUAAUUCCGUCAUGGGCCGUGGGGGCCAUUUCGUCUUCCUUACCUCGCUAUACCCUUUAAUUAGACGUUUUAUUAGCUCGGAGCUCUACAUGAGGCUGAUUGUUAAAACAAAGCAUAUUACUAUCUUACUUCUAACUUACAAUGUAAAUUUAGGAUGUUUAUGUCUACGCGUUGUCAUCGGGUGGCGCGACGGAUGUGCGUGGGCGCUAGGCUCGCAUUACUACAAUGUCAGCGCCUUGGGCAAAGACAUACAAGCAAAGUGGAAACACUUAAGGGACAACUUCCGGCGUGAGUAUCAAGCCCAAAAAGAAGUAGCAUCAGGACAAGGUGCAAAAAAGAGAAAAAAAUAUAGAUAUUACGACCAAUUACUAUUUCUAAUUCCACACGUCAAGGAUGCUAAAACUUCCGGAAACUACAGUACUCCAGCAAAUGUUUCGGAGGAAAAUAUUGAAAACAUUGAAAAUUCACCCGCUGAAUCAUCCACAGUCACACGUAGUGUUUCAGAGACCACAAAGAAGAAAAAGAAAACCACAUCCUCGUUUGAGGAUGCAAUUCUGAAGGCCAUGAACAAUGAAAUAUCUGAAGCUGACGAAGAUAAGACAUACUGUUUAUCACUGGUUCAGUCACUUAAAAAGAUGGACGAUGAUAACAAAAUGCUAGCUAAAAUCGAAAUAUUGAAAGUAAUUCGCACUUUCACAAAUAAGUCGCAUAAUAUAUAUAACAGUGAGCAAAACCAAACACCAUUUAAUAGACCAAACGUUGUACCGUAUUGGAACCACACAAAUUCUAACUUUUCGGCUCAAUCAACGCCCAUGUACAGUCAAACCACACCACAGCAGCAGUCACAACCAACAUCCACUCAGGCCCAUAAUAUGUAUCAGCAGCAGUCAGAGUCCAAUCCAACACUAUCUUUGCAUUAAUCCUCAUCCAUUAAUCCUGUACAUCGAUCGACUGUAAUUCAGAUUUUAGAGAAUCAACUGUACCGGCCCGCUAAUUUAACUGCACAAAGUUCUAGGCCACAAUCCGCCCAAAGUUACUUUACCACUUUCAACCCAAAUAUUUGUCCAUCUCCAUCGAAUACCGACUCAUUAAGCUCAACAACAGUUCAAAGUCCCUUAUUACUCAACAUAAGUUCGCCAGAAGAAUAUCCCUUGUCUCCAGAUGAUUGUCUUAAAUAAGUUUUUUAAUAAUAAAUAAUGUUUUGUUUGUAAUAUUGGUUUUAUUAUUUUACUUACCUCAGUGUUACAACCAGUCGUAGUGUAGGUGGUAUCGCCAAACGCAUGAUGGUAUCUUGGAGUGUUAUUUGAGGCCCCACUAUUUGCAAUAAUUCGUCAAAUGUUGUUAUACUCAUUCGAAAAUAAUUAAAGAAUUUACUGGGAAAUUGCCUCAAAUCUUCGUACAGUGUCACAAACUGUCCUUUUAAGUAUCUCUGUUCAUUCAGAGGAUGUACCCAGAAUGUCCUUUGUUUCUUUCUUCGUCUUCUAGCAACACAAACCGCUAUUGCUAGUAAUUUAGCAGAAACCAUUCUCACGUCUUACUAAAGCGAGGCACGAGACGAAAGUGAUUUAAAAACGUUCGUAUGAAUGAUCACAUUGAGGACGUUAUAAAAGCGCCGA